GCCGAUCAGUUCGCCGAGAGCCACGCGAGUUGGUGGUGUCGCCGUGGAGAAAGCCGGAAAAAGUCUAGAGAAAUGAGUCGAGCCUGGUUGUGUCUGCUGAUCUGCCUGGCCUUAAGCUGCCUCCUUAAUCAGGCUGUAGCCCAGGAUCAGGCAGCCUCGCAACCGGCAGCGAAUCCCCUGCUGAAACAAUCCCAGAACACCUUCAUCCAGUGGGUUCUGUCACUUCUGCCCCAACGUCCCGGAAGCUCUGAUUCGGAAAAUGCCACUCUGGCCACCUUGAGCAGUAGUUCGAUGAUGCCGGAGGCCUCGUCCACCACCUCGACCACCACACCUGCUCCAUCGUCCAGCACCACCACAACGAGAAGGGCCACCACCCCGGCACCACCCACUCUGAAUCCACCGAGGAAUUGCAGUGACUGUGUCUGUGGAAUUGCCAAUAUCCAGAAGAGAAUCGUGGGUGGCCAGGAAACGGAGGUUCAUCAGUAUCCCUGGGUGGCCAUGUUGCUCUAUGGUGGAAGGUUCUACUGUGCCGCCUCCUUGCUGAACGAUCAAUUCCUGCUGACUGCCUCGCAUUGCGUCUAUGGAUUCCGGAAGGAGAGAAUUUCGGUGAGGCUACUCGAACACGACCGCAAGAUGUCGCACAUGCAAAAGAUCGACCGCAAGGUGGCCGAGGUGAUCACGCAUCCCAAGUACAAUGCCAGGAACUACGACAACGACAUAGCCAUCAUCAAGUUGGAUGAACCGGUGGAGUUCAAUGAGAUCCUUCAUCCCGUCUGUAUGCCAACGCCGGGGAGGAGUUUCAAGGGCGAGAACGGCAUAGUCACUGGUUGGGGAGCACUCAAAGUUGGAGGACCAACAUCUGAUACACUACAGGAGGUUCAAGUGCCCAUUUUAUCGCAAGAUGAAUGCCGGAAGAGUCGCUAUGGUAACAAGAUCACGGAUAACAUGUUGUGUGGAGGAUACGACGAGGGUGGCAAGGACUCGUGUCAAGGCGACAGCGGAGGUCCUUUGCACAUCGUGGCAAGUGGAACGCGAGAGCAUCAGAUCGCCGGCGUGGUUUCGUGGGGCGAGGGCUGCGCCAAGGCCGGUUAUCCUGGUGUCUAUGCCAGAGUCAAUCGCUAUGGAACCUGGAUCAAGAACCUCACCAAACAGGCUUGCCUUUGCCAGCAGGAAACCAAGAAGAUCAAGUAGCGACCAUCUAGCUAUUUCUGUAUCUUUUAAUAGUUAAAUACUCUUGCUGCGUUGGUAACGAAUAUGGGAGAAUAAGUGCAAAUUUUAGGGGAACUAUAGAAACGCUCUUUAAUUAAUAAUGAAAAAUUUGUUAUAUCAGGAUUUCAUAUCUUGCAUACAAUGUGAUAUUUCUCAAGAUAUUGGUGUAGGAAAAAAUAUUACAAAAAUGAAUUUGGCUUGGGCAUUUAUGACAUUUUUAAAUAUAGCUAACACAAUGAGUUCCCAUAAGAUUUUCUCUUUAAUCUCCUCAAUUUAACAAUAUACAAAUUCUUAAAAUGCAAUAGUAUCCAUUGAAAGAUAAGUUUUCAUUACAAAAAGCUUAUUAUUUCCUGAAUUAUUAAAACAUUGUCCCAAGAAUCAAUCUAUUUUCGCCGAAAAUAGUUUUGUACUUUCUAGGGAUAUAUGAUUCAGAACUUUUUUAAAAUAUCAGAUCAGUGUAUACCCAACCUUUGCAAGAGUAUUCCAGCUUCGGCCACGUCGAAGAUCCUAUUCUCAAGCUGUUUUGUAUUUAUUGAUUAAAAGAAAAGU